CAUAAAACAUGUCAGAUAGUAUAAACAUACCCAAUCUACAUCCUUCACAAAGAGUAGAAGAAGAAUUGAGUAGAUCUUUUAAAGAUCAAUUUGAGUCCUUUGUUGGCUCUUACUCGAGAGCUUCUUUGAUGCAUAUGGCUGAAAACGUUAUUGUUUCAGACAAUAGAAUGGAAGAUGACGAUUCUGUCUACUCUGCAAGGCAUUCAGAGGGUGCUUUAGGUGAGCAGACACCUCUCCUACUGCCUUCGCCUUCGCUUUGCAAAGUCGACAGUUAUAGUAGUGUUGUUACUAUAGGUGAUGACUACAAGCAGAGCAAUAGUAAGAAAUCUUCAUUCUUACAGAGUAUCUUCAAUUCAAUCAAUAUUCUGAUUGGUGUUGGUGUGCUGUCACUUCCUAUGGGUUUUAAGUCCUCGGGUUGGCUGAUCAGCAUCAUCAUUUUCUGCUUCUGUUUUGGACUCACAAACUAUACAGCAAAACUAUUAGCAAAAUGUUUAGAUACAGAUCCAGAAUCUCGUACUUAUGGAGAUAUGGGUGCUAUGGUAUUUGGUGCUAAAGGAAGAGUGUUUAUUUCUUGUUUAUUUCUAGCAGAGCUUAUUACUUGCAGUGUUGCAUUGGUUGUCUUAUUGAGUGACGGAAUUGAAAGCUUGUUUCCCGGUCAUAAUCCAUUCUUGAUCCGUUUGGUUUCUUUUGCUAUUUUGACACCUACAUUAUAUAUACCUAUUCGUCACUUAUCUUAUACAAGUCUUUUGGGUAUCCUGAGUGUCAUCAGUUUACUUGCAGUCAUUAUCUAUGAUGGUCUUUCAAAACCUACUGCACCAGGUAGUCUGCAUCAAAUGGAGCCAACAGCUACACUUCUUCCUGUGGAUUAUACAGCCAUACCUAUGAGUUUUGGUUUGAUCAUGGCAGGAUUUGCAGGUCAUGCUGUCUUCCCUACUAUUUAUCGAGACAUGAAACACCCAGAGCAUUAUACACAGAUGGUCAAUUACAGUUAUUUUGUAGCAGCCAUGGUCUAUAUGGCUGUUGCUGCUUCUGGAUAUGCCAUGUUUGGCUCAAAGACAAUGCAAGAAAUCACACAAAACUUAGUAAUGAUCCCUGAAUACAACCAGACGCUUAAUCGUCUUGCUGUUUAUCUGAUUGCCAUUAAUCCUAUUGCUAAAUACGGUCUCACACUCAACCCUGUCGUUCUCAGUUGGCAAAUGGGCCUCUUGCCUCACUUGGAACCUCAGAUAAACAAGACAAAAUACACAAAAACCUUGGUCAAAUGGGUUGGUAUUUUACUGACUUCUGCUAGUAUUGUAACAUUGGCCAUUUUGAUCCCUGAUUUUGACAAGGUCAUGUCCUUGUUAGGUGCCUCUUUCUCAUUCUUAAUCUCGGGUAUCUUCCCCAUCUUUUGUUAUCUCAAGUUGUUUAAACUUCCCUUAUGGAAGCGCAUGUUGAAUUACGCCUUGGUCUCAAUAGCAAUUCUUAUGGCUAUUACAGGAACGAUCAAGAGUUGUUUUUAAAUUUAAUUUAUCCAAUGAUUUAAUUCAUCAAAAGAAGUAUCAUUGUUUGGACGAGUAGCUUGGGAAUAAAGGAUAGUACUUGGUUGUUGAAGAGCAGGUGUCGAUUGUUGUUGUUGUUGUUGUUGUUGAACACUUUGAAGUUUGUUAUAUAAUUCUUGUUGAAACCGUUCUCGAAACAUGGGAGAUAUAGUCAUGAGU